AUGAGGCUGAGAACUCGGAAAGCUUCUCAGCAGUCAACCCAAAUUCAUACACAAUGUUCAGUCAAAGCAAAGAGGAAACAUUCAGAGAUUGAAGAUAGUUUACCUUCAGGAGUAGAAAAAACACAGAAGAAUGAAACUGGCUUGUUAUCAUCAAUUAAAAAAUUCAUUAAGGGAAGCACACCCAAGGAAGACAGAGAAAAUUCUUCAAAGAGAAGUAGAAUAGAACAGGAUAUAGAUAACAACUUAAUCACAUCAACACCUCGGACAGGAGAAAAGCCCAAUAAACAGAUAUCUCAAGUAAGAUGGAAAAAUAAAGUAAAUGGAGAAGCUGGUAUUUAUGAAAUGACAAAUCAACAUGUAAAACAAAAUGGAAAAUUAGAAGAUAAUCCCGCCACUUGGAGUCCUCCAAGGACUACAUUAUUGGGGACCAUUUUUUCUCCUGUCUUCGACUUUUUCUCACCAGCAACUAAAAAUGGAACAUCAGGAUCAGAUUCCCCCAGACAAGCUGUGGAAGCUGAAGAAAUAGUAAAACAACUUGAUAUAGAACAGGUAGAUGAAAUCACUACCAGUACAACUACAUCAACAAAUGGAAUAGCUUAUUCAAAUCAAGCAGUUCAAGUCAGACCUACGAUAAAUAAUGGUUUAGAAGAAGUGGAAGAAGCAACCAAUCGUGAUCUACCACCUCUUACAGCACCUGUGUCUCCAGAUAGUGGCUAUUCAUCAGCCCAUGCAGAAACAAGCUAUGAAGAAGAUUGGGAAGUAUUUGACCCCUAUUAUUUUAUCAAGCAUGUUCCCCCAUUGACAGAGGAACAACUAAAUAGGAAGCCAGCUCUUCCUUUGAAAACAAGAAGUACACCAGAAUUUUCUCUAAUCCUAGACUUGGAUGAAACACUAGUGCACUGUAGUCUAAAUGAGCUAGAAGAUGCUGCACUCACUUUUCCAGUUCUUUUCCAAGAUGUCAUUUAUCAGGUUUAUGUACGAUUAAGACCAUUCUUCAGGGAAUUCCUGGAACGUAUGUCUCAAAUUUAUGAGAUCAUUCUUUUUACUGCUUCUAAGAAGGUGUAUGCAGACAAGUUACUGAACAUACUAGACCCUAAAAAGCAGCUAGUCAGGCACCGGCUUUUCCGUGAACAUUGUGUGUGUGUACAAGGAAACUACAUAAAGGACUUAAACAUACUUGGAAGAGAUCUUUCAAAAACUAUCAUAAUUGACAAUUCACCACAAGCCUUUGCCUAUCAGCUUUCUAAUGGAAUCCCUAUAGAGAGCUGGUUCAUGGAUAAAAAUGACAAUGAACUCUUAAAAUUGAUUCCUUUUCUGGAGAAACUUGUAGAACUGAAUGAGGAUGUAAGACCUCACAUCAGAGACAGAUUUCGCUUGCAUGACUUGCUACCCCUAGAUUAA